AAUUAAAUUAGCAGGAAUAGUUGAGGCUGACCAUUCUUUUUGAUUCGUUCAUACCGUUAUGUUCUGCACUGUCGUUUAUCAACUGCUCAAUCCAGAGAAAGCGUAGCUUCGAUUCAUUCAUUCAUUCUUCUUCUUCUUAUUCUUCUUCAUUUGUUGUGUGAUUAUUAGCUAGCUAGUAUUGCUUACUAGGUCUACAGAGAAAUGGAGUCUCGGACAAAGCGGCAAUCGGAGAGAAAUUGCGCUGAAAACUGUUGUUUGGCUUGGUGGUGCCUACAGCUUCUAUGGGCUCGUGUGGUGAUGCGCAAGUGGCUCAACAUCAGCGCCAAAGAUUCUGAUUACAGCGCCGACACCGACGAUCACGAUUCAGACUCUGAAGACGACGAAGCUUAUGAUAAAUGGGAGCAGAAUUUGCGGACUGCUCAGGGUGAUUUUAAUGAUGGUCCUCCAAAGAUAAGAAGACGGACUUCUGAAACUUUUAGGGCACAGUAUAUAAAUACAAAGGAACUCAGAAUUCAUGUUGGCACAUGGAAUGUUGGAGGACAAGUUCCACCUGACGACCUAUGCAUUGAUGAUUGGAUCAACAUCAACCAACCCGCUGACGUUUAUUUGCUUGGUAUACAGGAAAUUGUUCCUCUAAAUGCUGGGAAUAUAUUUGGAGCAGAAGAUAACCGUCCCGUUGCAAAGUGGGAAAACAUCAUUCGUGAAACACUAAAUCGAAUUCGACCUUCAACAAUGAAGGUCAAAUGUUUUAGUGAUCCCCCAUCCCCAUCAAAGUUUAAGCCAUCUGAAGAUAUCCCAGAUAUAGAAGAAGAAAUAUUUCUUGAGAGUGAUAGUGACAUUGGUGAGGAAGUUUAUCCCUUAGAUGAUGAUUCCAACAAUUAUGAUGAAGGCAAGGCUGCUCCAGUCAAUGGCAUAAACAACUUCAAGAGUUCCGAACUAUACUGCAUUGAGAGUGAGAAAUUAUAUAUGCCACUAGAACAGGAUUUGCAGGAGCAGUUUUCUUCUCCAAAGAAACUAGAUAGAUUGAAUUGCCUCCGAACAGAAGAUUCUACAAAUAACGUAGAAGUGCCAGCCGCACAAAAAAAUGGGAAAUUAACUAAAAUGUUAAGCAACUCUGAAAGGAUUGGUUUGACCUGGCCGGAGCCUCCCCGAGACUUGUUAUCUCAGCAUGUUUUAGAGAGGACAAGUACCUUCAAAUCUGUUAAAUCUUUUAACGCAUCCAAGUCUUUUAACAGAUAUAGUUCUUUUAAAUCAUUCACAAAUGAGGUGUCACCUGGAAUAGCUUUACUCGCAGAACUCGACCUUGAAUCUCUCAUGCAUCGGAAAAGAAGGUCCCCAUAUGUAAGGAUAGUAAGUAAACAGAUGGUUGGGAUUUUUCUCACUGUAUGGGUUCGGAGGAGCUUGCGCAGGCAUAUUCAGAACCUAAAGGUGUCCACUGUUGGUGUUGGUGUUAUGGGCUACAUUGGGAACAAGGGAUCAGUGUCUGUCAGCAUGUCUAUAUAUCAGACACUAUUUUGCUUUGUAUGUACUCACCUGACAUCAGGUGAAAAAGAUGGAGAUCAACUGAAAAGAAAUGCUGAUGUGCAUGAAAUACAUAGAAGAACUCAAUUCCGUCCACUUUCCAGCAUUGGCCUACCCAGGAGUAUUCAUGAUCAUGAGAGGAUAAUCUGGUUAGGUGAUCUAAACUAUCGUAUUAACUUGUCAUAUGCGAAAGCACGUGAACUUAUCUCCGAAAAGGAGUGGUCCAAGUUGGUGGAGAGCGACCAGCUUGUACGAGAGCUAAGAAAAGGUCGUGCAUUUGAUGGAUGGUCUGAGGGCACCUUAACUUUUCCACCAACAUAUAAGUAUGAGCUAAAUUCUGAGAAUUAUUACGGGGAUGAUCCAAAGGCUGGGAGGCGAACUCCGGCAUGGUGUGAUCGCAUCAUUUCGUACGGCAAGGGAAUGAGGUUACUGAGUUACAGGAGGACUGAGCUUAAACUUUCUGAUCAUCGUCCAGUGUCUGCCACAUAUAUGGCUGAGGUUGAGGUGCUUUCUCCUAGGAAGCUACAGCGGGCACUCACAUUUACAGAUGCUGAAAUUGAAAAUACAGGACUUGUAGCAGACUUGGGUUGUUGAUUAUUCGAAAUGCUCGUUGAUACCAGAUCAGAGAUUAGACGUGUUAGUUGUUACCGGGAGCAUCAAGGGUGGGGUGGCUAACUCUCAUAGAGACUCUAAAAAAAAUACAGAGUUAGAGCUCCAACAGCCUCUGAGGAUGUUUGGCUCCGUAAUCUUCUUCAUGAAUUAAAACUACAGGGAGCCACCAAUCUGUGUCUUCACCCUGUUCUUCACUCCUGGAUGAAGCAUAUAGCCAUUGAUCUCCAUUUUGUUCGAAGACCUCCAUCUUGCGGGGAUAACGGAGAUAAUCAAGCUAAGCAACCUCAACCAGAUAAGCCCAACUAUAGUCAUGACCCAAACAACUAAAUAAGCCCAAGCCCAAUUAACUCUAUCUUGUCUCCAACGGCUACCUAUGUUGUAGACUCUGUUCAUUUUUCUUUUCUUUUUUGGUAGGUACUGUUCAUUUUUCUUCUAUCAACACAACACCAUAACUUGUUAGAUCUAGAAAUUUUAUUUUAUAUCUAUAAAAAUUGUGAAAGAAUAUUUAAUUA